UUCCAAAAUAAAAUAUUUCUCAAAAUAAGGACAUUGUAUCUGAGCCAGAGGUAAGACAUUGUCCGCUAUUAGUAAAAGCGGACGAUUAUUAGUCUAAGUCAAAGUCAGGUUAACAUUCCCCUCGUUGUUACUAACAUGGGAUACUUGUUGAACUGACUUUUAGAUUAAUAAUCACCCACUGUAAAUAACAGCGGGCAAUUACUGAAACGAGUCAAAGUUAGCUCAGCAAUCGCCUCCUGAAGGUUAUUGAACUGACUUGUGACUCAGUUUAUUAAUCCCCCAUUAUUAGUAACAGUAGACAAUGUGACAAUGUUUUGUCUGAAGUUCGGAAGAAAGAGACUUAUUUGGAAAUUAUUUUGCUCCAAUGCUUAUUAUAAAAUUUUUUUAUUAAUAAAAGCUUGUUCUUUUCUUUCGUUCAGCAAAAAUUCAUGAAAAGAAUAAAGUGAUCGGGGAUUUUUAUAAACAAAGAAUAAAAAGUAAGCCUAUCGCGCCGUCUCUAACACUGUUUUUCUUUCCUCUUACGGUUGAUCGGCCGUCGGUGGUUGUUCUUCUCUAGAUUCCGUAAUUUUCUCUUUUCUUCCGUUAUUUAAUGGAAGAUUAGAGAAUCUUCUCUGUUUAUCAGUAUUUUGGAGCCCGUUUUCCUCUUUCGGUUAUGGCUGAAUCAUCCAAAGAUGAGUUGCUUCAGCUUGUCAAGCGAAUAAGUGAUUUUUUCACCGUUAAGAUGUCGAAUUUCUUCACCAUCGCCUUCCAAAAAGUAGAUGUAUUUUCUGUUAGUGCCUUUGCGGGACUUGCUAUUGCUAUAGUAUUUACAUGGAAAAUAUUUCCAAGUGCUCCACAAAGAAGGCAACCAAAGAGGCAACCUACUGUUGCUAGUGGUUCUGGUACCAAUUUGCAGACUAAUGCUACCGUUGAGAUGUCUGUUGCUUCUGCUUCAUCUGAGGAUUUGAGGGCACAGGAUGUGGUGGAUGAUUUUUUUCAGCCUGUGAAGCCAACAUUGGCCCAAAUUGUCAGGCAAAAAUUGUGCGAAGGGAGGAAAGUGACCUGUCGCUUGCUUGGUGUUGUUCUUGAAGAAACUAGUCCGGAAGAACUUCAGACGAAAGUAACAGUUAGAUCCUCUGUACUGGAAGUGUUGUUGGAGAUUACGAAAUUUUGUGACCUAUACCUCAUGGAACGCAUUCUUGAUGACACAAGUGAAAAAAGGGUUCUUUUGGCUUUGGAGGAAGCUGGGAUCUUCACGUCUGGAGGUUUGAUCAGAGACAAGGUUUUAUUUUGUAGUACGGAGAUUGGACGUACAUCAUUUGUACGGCAAUUGGAGCCAGAUUGGCAUAUCGACUCAAAUUUCGAAAUCAUAUCUCAGUUAGCGAGGUUCAUCAAAUAUCAGCUUCAUAUUUCUCCUAGCAAACCCGAGAGAUUGGCUUCUAAUGUGUUUUGCUCAACGUCUCUGGAACAUUUCUUUGGCUGUGUUUAAUAUUUUGAAGAAAGUAGGAUGUGCAAAUGCUUUGUAGAACAUUACUGUUCUCUUUCAUUUAUGGAGGACAAGAUUUUCUUGUUAUUUGUGUAGCUUCGAACUACAUCGUUAAAUAUAAAGAUCGUUGAUGAUGGCUGUUAGUCAAAUGCGUAUCAUCAGCUAUAUUAUGUACUAUUAUUGUGGAUGUUGCACCGAUGCAAGUGUAGUCUGGCACACCAAGUUGUAAUGACUGACUUCUAAUACUGUUCGCGGUCCAGCAUUUAUAAGACAAAUUGGAUGACUAGCGUCUGCCAGAACCUGUAUGUCUUCAAUUAUCUGCAUCGAACACUAUUGAAGAAACUCUUUCAUUUUCUUUUAAAUAAACUUUUUAAUAUUGUUAGCGAUUAUAAAUUACCGGAGAAACUUUUUAACCUUAAUAAAAGGUCCAAUAUUUUGCGAACAUUUGAAGGAAUGGUACUAAACCACUUUGGACUAAUUGUAAUUAAAUAGCUAAUGAACUCCUAAUGAACACUGUUGUGUGAAGGUUGAGCUAAA